AUGAUGAAAACCAUUGCAUAUGAUAUGCAUCAAGUGACUGGAAUCUUUCACAUGAAAAACGCCUCCCGGGAUGGUUACUCUGUCCUAGACAUGUGCAUGGCACCGGGCGGGUUUCUGGCGAUAGCCCUCAGCUGUAACCCUGAAGCCCAAGCAGUAGCAUUCAGCUUACCGAUAAUAAAUGGAGGGCACCAGGUUCUUUUACCCAAGCGUCCCAAUGUUACUCUAAAGUUCUUCGAUAUAACAAUGUUGGCAGAGGAUAUGGGACUGUCAAGUAUUCCACACGAGCAUCCGGAUGCUGGAAAUUUUCUUCCGAGCCAAUUCGAUCCAAGACAGUCCUUUGAUCUUAUAAUAUGUGAUGGUCAAGUGCUUCGCAAUCACGGCCGGGCUGACUAUCGCGAACGUACAGAAGCAAGUAGAUUAUGUCUUACGCAACUGACAAUCGCACUCAAUCACCUCACUCCAGGAGGGACGAUGAUCGUACUUCUCCACAAAGUCGAGGCUCUAGCUACGGUACAGCUCUUGCAAACAUUCGCUAAGUUUGCUACUGUGCAGUUAUUUAAGCAUACGAGAUUUCACGCAAAACGAUCCUCCUUCUACAUGCUGGCAACCAAUAUCAGAAGUGAUUCUGAGGAUGCGAAGACGGCCAUUGAAAGAUGGAAAUUACAGUGGAAGAUUGCAACGUUCGGUACUGAUAAGGAUUAUGGUGGAGAGAUUCGUUUGGAUAUGUCAGAUGUUGAGGUUCUUCUGAAGGAAUUUGGCCCCCAGUUGAUCAGCCUAGGACGCAGAAUUUGGGAGAUCCAAGCGAAUGCCCUGGAGAACGCGCCAUUCAUAAGACGAAACUUGUCCUCAUGA